GUCUCCUCUCAGCCAAAAGCGCCUUGGACUUGGAAACGCAUCAGUUCCCAGAUCCCAUGUAUGUGACGGCCAUGUCUGAAAACCACUUCAAAGAGGGUCUCACCCUGAUAGCUAACAUACGAAAAUUUUGGCCACGUAGGAAGAUUCUUGUCUACAAUCUGGGAUUGAGCCGGAAAUCAGUCCAUGAACUAA